AUGGCGGCCGCGGCGGCGGUGUACCGGCGGGUGCUGAAGGCGGUGCAGAAGCACGUCGGCGGGGGCGCCACCAAGCAGCACUUCCGCGACUUCGUGGCGGCCGAGUUCCGCGCCCCCGCCGGCACGGAGGCCGACGCCAGGGCCAGGCUACGGCUCGCCGGGGACUACGCCUACCUCCUCACCAGCGUCCACCACCACAAGGUAUUGGAGAUUGCGUUCUAUGAUGAUCCGGACCUGCUCUUCUCGUACAACAUAGCUGUGGACCGAUCUGAUGAAAUGAAGAAGAUAUUGAACAAGUCUGCCGCCAGUGUAGGCCUCCAGCUUCCUGAUGUCUACCAGCCAUGA